GUUUCGGUCGUUUCUGUAUAGAUGUUGACUGGACCGGCCGCAGAGGGGUUGUGUCCCAGUUCGUAGUGCGAGGUAGCACCCGGCGUUUGUUGGGCGAUUGUUAUUGGUGGCUGGAGUUCGAGUCUCAGUUUUCGGUGCUUUUGCUCGCGGUGCUCCGUGUUGUGUUAAAAGGAAAUUAUAUCCCACUCGUUAUACUGCUCGAUUGCCGAUCGUCUGUCCAGGCUCGAAAAGUAAAACUCGCAGCAACAAAAAAACCCGUAGAACUAGGAUGGUAUUAUCUCCUUCUCUCGAGAACAAUAAUGAUGUCGAUUCGUUGUGGAAAGGUCCCUCUGUGGGCCUCCGGCCAACAGAUACUGUUUUAGUCACCGGGAGCAGUGGGUGCCUUGGGCAGCAUGUCGUCAAGCUUCUUCAGGAGCAGGAUUCCAACUGCAAGAAUAUUCGCCUUUUUGACGUUAUCCCUUACAAGAACAAUUUGGGCCAUUCAACCCAAAAGCCAAUGAAAAAAAUCCUUGGAGACCUGACGUAUGCAAACGAAAUUCUUGAUGCUUGUGAAGGAGUGGAUUGUGUGAUUCAUUGUGGGGCUCUAGUUGACAUAUCGCUGUUCCCAAACCAAAUAGCCCUCGAGGCAAUCAAUAUUGAAGGUACGCGUAAUGUAAUUGACGCUUGUAUUCGACAGAAUGUCCCUUACCUUGUCUUUACCUCCACAACUGAUACCGUUGUGUCCUCGAACCACAUUUUCUAUGGAGCCGAAAAUACGACCUUCGUGCCGAAAAAUUUCCUCAUGGGACCCUACGCUGAAACGAAACACCGAGCGGAACAGCUUGUCCUUCAGGCAAACAAUCGUUUGUUGGCCGAUGGAAACACAAAGCUCCGUUCGUGCGUUCUUCGGCCGACCAUAUUUUAUGGCGAACAGGAUAAACAUUUCAUACCUCGUAUCAUGAAGGCUGCUCAACUUUACGCAAGUUCCAAGAUCCAAAAGGUUAAGAGCAUCGAUGAAAGAUUCCAGGUCACGUACGUUGGCAAUGCUGCUUACGCACACAUUGUAGCGAAAAACUGCCUACGUGGGAGUACCGAUUGCGCUGGCGAGGUUUACUACAUUACCGAUGAUACUCCUCUUGAAGAAUUCUAUACGACGAUAAAACCGUACGUGGAAGCCCAGGGCACCUUCCGUAUCAGCGACUGGUCAAUUCCAUACCUCUUGGCCGUUUUCGUAAUGAGUAUUAUUGCCCUAGUACUGAAGUUGAUUCGACCGAUAUACCAGGUCGGCGAAUACUUUCCGACACCAGCUGGCAUCACUUACGCCUGCACAUCGGUCUUCUUCAACAGACAAAAGGCUACCUUGCGAUUGAAGUACUAUCCGCAUUAUACAGCCGAAGAAAGCUAUAAGAAUUCACUUAAAUUCUAUAAGGAAAUCAAGAUUUAGUAAUUCGGUGAUUAACGAAUUGCUAAAAUGGUACAACGGAAACAUUUUCCCGCAUCGACCUCUCGGAUCUACUAAUUCGCACCUCUGUGUCUCUGUCUCCUUUCGAAGCUAACAACAAAAACAAGUAAACAUAAACUUUUUUUGUAGCGCCCUCUAGUUCGACUCUGAAAUUGAGAUAAGGAACAUUUCAUAUUUAAACAUUACUAUUCGCCUUACUAUUGGGCUCUUCGGACAAUGUGAAUUGUGUUACAAUACAAAUAAAUUGCUUUUCUAACAAAUUCAUUUGUA